CCGAAGGUGCUGUCAUAAUGCGUUGUUGGCUCCUCAAUUCUUGGCUUUUUAUUUUAGUGCCCUUUUUGGGCCAGGUUUGGGGCUACUCUUUCCUGUUGGUGAGCCACACUGCAUCUAAAUCACAUCACGACGUAGGAUUGGCGUUGGCCAAAGGCUUAACUACCGCCGGUCAUGAGGUCACAUUGAUAUCGCCAUUUCCCCAGAAGAAACCCGUCAAAAAUCUAAUCGAUAUUCACACACCAAAUAUUAUCACCGUAAUGGAAGUUUACAAAGCGAGGAUUCUGGAGAAUGCCAAGAGACCGGUCGUUCUGCGCUAUCCAUAUAUGAGUGCAAUGGGAUUGGACUUGACAGAAGCUCUUUUUAAGGCUCCGGCGGUGAAGGAGCUGUUGGGUCAAAACCGUACCUUCGAUGGAGUCAUCUGCGAGAGCUUCAUGAACGACGCCCACUACGGAUUUGCCGAACACUUUGGAGCUCCACUGAUCACCCUGAGCUCUUUGGGAGCUACAGGAUGGACUUCAGAUUUGGUGGGCACUCCCUCACCACCUUCGUAUGUGCCGCAUAAUUUACUCCGUUUCGGUGACCACAUGAACUUCUGGGAGCGAGCCCAAAAUCUGGGAUUCCAGAUAUACGAAUUUUUCUACCAGAACUUGAUCAAUCUACCCAGACACGAAGUGCUGUAUAGGAAAUACUUUCCCAACAACAAACAGGACUUCUAUGAGAUGCGCAAAAGUACUUCGUUGGUGUUGCUAAACAAUCAUGUUUCGCUGAGCAAUCCACGUCCGUAUUCGCCAAAUAUGAUCGAAGUGGGUGGCAUGCACGUGAAUCGCAAGGAGCCGAAGCCCCUGCCCAAGGAUAUUCGGGAAUUCGUCGAGGGAGCCGAGCACGGGGUAAUCUAUUUCUCAUUGGGCUCCAAUCUGAAAAGCAAAGAUUUGCCCAAGGAGAAACGAAAAGCAAUUGUGGAGACUUUAAGGAGUCUUAAGUACCGGGUACUUUGGAAGUAUGAGGAGGAAACCUUUGCUGACAAACCCGAUAAUGUAUUUGUAUCGAAGUGGUUCCCACAAGACGAUAUUCUGGCACACGACAAAGUGAUUGCCUUCAUAACCCAUGGCGGACUUUUGAGCACCAUGGAAUCGAUUUACCAUGGAAAACCGGUCGUGGGAAUUCCCUUUUUCGGCGAUCAGUUUAUGAACAUGGCAAAGGCCGAACAAUCGGGAUAUGGAAUCACCGUAAACUACGCCCAACUCACAGCUCCUUUGUUCCGGUCUGCCAUCGAUAGGAUCACCAGUGAUCCCAGCUACCUUGAACGGGUCAAGAUCAUGUCCAAUCAGUUCCGGGAUCAGAAGGAAACGCCUCUGGAGAGGGCUGUGUACUGGGUGGAGCAUGUGACUCGACAAAAGGGAGCUAAGUACAUGAGAAGUGCCUGUCAGGAUCUGAACUUCGUGGAAUACCAUAAUUUGGAUGUGCUGGCUGUGUUCUUUGCGGUUAUAGGCUUGGUUUUUCUUUUAAUCUUUUUCACAAUACGUCUUGUGAUUAUUAAAGUAAAAGGCAGUAAACUAAGGUCUAAAAGUCUAAAAAAGAAAAUAAAUUAGUUUAAGUUAAACAAGAAAGGAAAGCUAACUUCG